UACAGUUUGCCAAGUCACUCUACGAAAGACAGUUAUCUGAUGAGCUACAACUUAUUCGGUCACCUUCCAGAAUGAACAAAAUAUAUUUGAGCAGCAAUCAUGAUCAAAGAAAUGCAACUCCCUCUCCACUGCCGAUUAGGUUGGAUAAGAUUAGAUCUCAGAAUGGAUCAGCCAAUGAUUCCAAUGCUGGAAAAAUGCGGCCUAAAAGCCGCCAUCGAAGCCUUGCUAGUAGCAAAGUACGUCGGCUGAGGAACAGUUUUAUGCCCAUGCUAUUCCGGGACGCAGAGAUUUCCUAUAGUCCCAAAUUUAACUCCAGAUGUGGUGGGGGGAGAGGAGAAAGGAGAAGAUCAAGAGGACAAAAAGGGUUCUGUUCAACGAUCAGUCCCAUCCUCAGUAGAGGAUCAGACAGUUUUGACAGCGAUUCAGAACAAGCUGCGACAUGCAGCUGGAAAGAGGAUAAUAAUAAUACAUUUGACCCAGAAUUUAAGGUGUUCAAUGUGAGCGGAAGUUACUUUUUGAUAGAAACAGAAAUCUUUUCCCUUUACCCCGACACUCUCCUUGGUUCUGAGCGUCUUGAGGAGUUUUACCGCCCUAAAAGGGACGAGUACUUUAUAGAACACAACAAGUACGUGUUUCCCGCCAUUUUGAGGUUCUACACUCACCAAGAAGAGCUGGUCUGUCCUCCUUGUAUGCCUAAAGAUACUUUUGAGGAUUGUAUGGAGUUUUACGGACUGUUGCCCUACUUCCAGGGCUUGAAGUCGGUGGUUAAUGGUGGCCCAGAAGUGUUGGAUCCCAAAACCUGGAAAGAUAGGCUAUCUUGCACCCUGCAGUUUCCCUACUUUUCGCAAACAGCGAAAGCGUAUGCCAUAUUCGACAUCUGCGUUAUAGUUCUCAGUACGAUGACGCUGGUGCUGGAAUCUAUUCCAGAACUCACCCGCCAACCAUACUUUAAUGUGGUGGCACAAAUAGUUGAGGCGUGUGUGAACGUGUACUUCACAAUCCAGGCUCUCCUUCUCCUCCUCGUUUACUCGCCGUGGAAGGAUUACUUUAAAAGCGUGCUUCACUGGAUCGAUAUUAUCUCAAUAUUACCUUUCUAUCUGAGACUCAUCGCUGGGAGUUUCUUUAACCAGGUAGGAGGGUUCCGAGUACUGCGUCUUAUCCGACUACUCCGAGUAAUGAAGCUGUUCAGACACUCCCGAGGUAGCCAGACUAUGAUGACCUUCCUCCUUGCUUCUCUCCCUGAAAUCAUGUUACUUCUUCUCAUGUGGAGCAUUGGAGUUCUCCUCUUUGGACCCCUCAUCUUCUUUAUCGAACACGCCCACGGGGAAAACGACUUCAAGUCAGCCUUCUCUGGAAUGUGGUUUUGUGUGGUCACUAUUGGGACUGUUGGAUAUGGGGACUUGUCACCUGCCACUAACUUGGGCAAAUUCGUGUCAGCACUUUAUACAAUUCUCAAUCUGACCAUCAUGACAAUACCUAUAUCCAUUAUUAUCACCAAGUUUAGCAGGUCGGUGAGGCAGGCUAAGAAGUAGCCUGCUGAGAAGUCAGAACUUUGAUGGCAGUGAUAAUUAAAGCAAUUUUUG